GGUCCUUCUUUCAGCCCCCUGCGUCUGCGCACUAGCAACGGAGAAAGCGGGAAGCCGGGUAGAGGGAAGUUGGGAACCGGAAGUGAAGGCAGAUUCCCUCUUUCGUCCCUGUUGCCGCCGCCAUACGUGUUCUCUUUGCUCAGCUCUUCUGUCAAACUAUUGUGUGUCUGUUCCUCAAGCCGUCACCCUCCUUUUGUUUCACGUAAUCUGAGCUAACCUGUCUAGAGACUCCUCCCCUCCUCCCCCUGCCGGCUCAGUUAUGGCAGAGAAUGAUGUGGACAAUGAGCUCCUGGACUAUGAAGAAGAUGAGGUGGAGACAGCAGCUGGGGGAGAUGGGGCUGAGGCCCCAGCCAAGAAGGAUGUCAAGGGCUCCUAUGUCUCCAUUCACAGCUCUGGCUUCCGUGACUUCCUGCUCAAGCCAGAGUUACUUCGGGCAAUUGUUGACUGUGGCUUUGAGCAUCCAUCAGAAGUCCAACAUGAGUGUAUCCCUCAGGCCAUUCUGGGUAUGGAUGUGCUAUGCCAGGCCAAGUCAGGCAUGGGAAAGACAGCUGUGUUUGUGCUGGCCACACUGCAACAACUGGAACCAGUCACUGGACAGGUGUCUGUGCUGGUGAUGUGUCACACUCGGGAAUUGGCUUUUCAGAUCAGCAAGGAGUAUGAGCGCUUCUCUAAAUACAUGCCCAAUGUCAAGGUUGCAGUUUUUUUUGGUGGUCUGUCUAUCAAGAAGGAUGAAGAGGUGCUGAAGAAGAACUGCCCGCAUAUCGUUGUGGGGACCCCUGGCCGAAUCCUAGCUUUGGCUCGAAAUAAGAGUCUUAACCUCAAACACAUUAAACACUUUAUUUUGGAUGAAUGCGAUAAGAUGCUUGACCAACUCGACAUGCGUCGGGAUGUCCAGGAAAUUUUUCGCAUGACCCCCCAUGAGAAGCAGGUCAUGAUGUUCAGUGCUACCUUGAGCAAAGUGAUCCGUCCAGUCUGCCGCAAGUUCAUGCAAGACCCAAUGGAGAUCUUCGUGGAUGAUGAGACGAAGCUGACGCUGCAUGGGUUGCAGCAAUACUACGUGAAACUGAAGGACAACGAGAAGAACCGGAAGCUUUUUGAUCUUCUGGAUGUCCUUGAAUUCAACCAGGUGGUGAUUUUUGUCAAGUCUGUGCAGCGGUGCAUCGCCCUGGCCCAGCUCCUGGUGGAGCAGAACUUCCCAGCCAUUGCUAUCCACCGUGGCAUGCCUCAGGAGGAGAGGCUUUCGAGGUAUCAGCAGUUUAAAGAUUUUCAACGACGAAUUCUUGUGGCUACCAACCUUUUUGGUCGAGGCAUGGACAUCGAGCGGGUGAACAUUGCCUUUAACUAUGACAUGCCUGAGGAUUCUGACACCUACUUGCAUAGAGUGGCCAGAGCUGGCCGGUUUGGCACCAAGGGUUUAGCCAUCACCUUUGUGUCUGAUGAGAAUGAUGCCAAGAUCCUCAAUGAUGUGCAGGAUCGCUUUGAGGUCAAUAUUAGUGAGCUGCCUGAUGAGAUAGACAUCUCCUCCUACAUUGAACAGACGCGGUAAAGGACUCGCCCAUCAAUGAUAGUCUGACCCUCUUCAGGAGCAUGGGGAUGAAGGAGACACUACUGCCCCUACCAGUGAUAACCCCUUGACUUCCCUCUUUUGCAGCACCACCACUCCUAAACCCCCAUAUCUUGAAUUGUCAACUUUUUUUUAAACAAAACUAAAAAUCA